GUUUCCCCUGUGAGCCAGUGCAGCUGCAGUCGUCUUAAUUACAGUCUUUUUCUGCUGCUGCUUUUUGUGCUUCUCAGGACAUUAAGAGUCACUGUGGUAAAUAAAUCAUGGAAAAGCCAUGCUCUGCCCUCACAAACUGUACCGAAACAAAGGAAGGGAUCGACAGAUAUGAUGAACAAAACUGUUUUCCUGAAAAAGACAGAAGUGAAGAAAGGUUUUCAAAUUCAAAGCAACCUUGUUUAGAGGAUAUCAGAGAAGGAAAGGUAACAUUGACCAAUGAGACUAUCAGUGUAACAAAUGAGCAUAUUCCUACUGGAGAUCAUAAUUCAAGCCCAUCCAAUCCAGUGUCAAUUGAAGAAAAAGAAGCAACCUGGGUGGAGAAUAAUAGGGCUCACCUGAUACAAAGUGUAACUUUAGUGAUGCCCAUAGCUGACCAGAUGCUCCAGAGCAGAAUAAUCCAUAAAGAGUGGUAUAACCAAAUCAAGGCUGCCACAAAGAGCCAAGAUCAGAUGAGAGAACUCUUCACUGCACUCAACUGUACUGAGGCAAAAUCUGCUUUCUACAGAAUCCUCAGAGAAACCCAACCUGAGACUUGUGAAACUGAGGAUACUAUUAAAGACGUCAUCAAAAAGAACAAAGACUAUUUGAAGAAAAAGUGCAAAUGGGAGUUUGAAGGAACUGAAAGAUCUCGCAAAGAAAUGAAAUCAUUGGAUCAAAUCUACACAGAGCUUUACGUUGUUCAAGGAGAAAGUGAAUAUGUGAAUACACAACAUGAGAUUUGGGAGAUGGAAGACAAGUUUAGAAAUCAAGCAAAAGAAGGAAUUAAAAUAAACUGUAAUGAUAUAUUUAAAAGCAAAACGGAAGAUAGUAUUUUAUCUGAGUCAGAAGAAGCGGAAUUCAAUGCAGUAAGAACAGUGAUGACUAAAGGAAUAGCUGGAAUCGGUAAAACUGUGUCUGUAAAAAAGUUCAUCCUUGACUGGGCAGAUGGGAAAGCCAACCAAGGCCUGGACUUUAUUUUCAUGUUUCCAUUCAGGGAGCUCAAUCUGGUUAAGGAUGACAACUUUAGCCUUGAGGCUCUUGUUAAAGAAUUCCACCCAGAGCUCAACAACUUAGCUGUUGCAAAAAACAUUGCAAAAUACAAAGUUUUAUUCAUAUUUGAUGGCCUUGAUGAAAGUCAACUUUCGCUAAACUUCCAAAAAACCAAAAGAUUGACAGACCCCACAAAAGAAUCGUCUGUAGACACCCUGGUGACUAAUCUCAUCCGAGAACAUCUUCUGCCCUCUGCUCUUGUUUGGAUAACCUCAAGACCCGGAGCUGUUCAUCGUAUUCCCAAAGAACAUGUCUAUCAGUGGACAGAAGUUAAAGGUUUUAAAGAUCCACAGAAAAUUAUGUACUUCAGGAAUCGAAUUCAGAACAAAGUGGUAGCUGAAAAAAUAAUUGACCAUAUUAAGACAUCAAGGAGCUUAUUCAUCAUGUGUCACAUACCUGUCUUCUGUUGGAUUGCCUCAAAAGUUCUUGAGUCAUUCUUUUUAGGAAUGGGAAACGGUCAAUAUAAAAACACCAAGACACCCACAACUCUUAUUGAAAUGUACACACACUUCUUCUGUAUUCAGAUAAAGAUUGCUGCUGAGAAAUACGACAAAGAAAGCCUGCAUUGUAUUGGUGAUAUACUUCAGACGAACAAGGAAUUCAUUUUUAAACUGGGAAAAAUGGCAUAUGAAAAACUGGAUAGAGGGGAGAUCAUAUUCAGCAGUGAUGAUCUAAAAAAAUAUGGAUUAGACAUUGAUAAAGCUGGAGUCUACUGUGGACUGUGCACUGCAAUAUUUAAAGAAGAGAGUGUCUUUCAUUCAAAGAAACUUUACUGUUUUGUGCAUUUGACUGUUCAAGAAUACUUUGCUGCCCUCUUUGUAUAUGAAAACUUUGCAAGUAAAACAAUAGAUUCACAGAGACUCAAAGACUUCCUUAUUUUAGGGUCGGAGGAAGAGGUGAGGACAAUAUUGGAUGCAAAACCAGUGGAUCUCCCUUUGGAUGAGCUAAUAGAAAUUGCAAUAGCAAACUCAACUUCGAGAAAGACAGGAGAACUGGACAUUUUCCUUCGGUUCCUCAUUGGUAUGUCUUUACAGUCUACACAAGAUCUGCUUCAAGGCCUCAUUCAGCAAACAGAAGACCACUCUGAGGUUGUUCAGAGUAUCAGGACAAGUCUAAUGGAAAUAGAUCUUCUGGACUGCUCUCCAGACAGAUGUCUCAACCUUGUUCACUGUUUGGCAGAACUGAAGGAUGAUUCAUUGUAUGACAGUGUGAAGGAGUUUCUGAAUCCAAAUCGGUACCCAGAAAAUCAGCUCACCCCUGUUCAGUGCUCAGCUUUGGCUGAUUUAAUGCUAAUGUCAAAUUUGCCAAUAGAGGAAUUUGACUUGAAGAGAUACACAUCAAGAGAAAAGGGCUUUUUUAGACUUAUCCCUGCAAUAAGGAACAGUAAGAAAGCAAGAAUCUCAGGUAUACAUCUCGAUUCUUGGAUUUGUGAAACAAUCUCUUCAGCCCUGUCGAUGUCUCAAUCUGUGCUAAAGGAACUGCAUCUGGUAAACGUCGUUUUCUAUGGUACUCAGAUCUUGAUUGACGGACUAAAAAACGCUCAAUGCAAACUUGAUGCGCUAAGUCUCUCAGGAAGAGGAUUCACCGGGUCAGAUGAAGAAGAGUUGGCAUUAACUUUAAAAUCUGUUAUCGUAAAUCUAAAGCGGCUGGAACUUAGCGACAACAUCCUAAAGAACUCAUUACCCUCUGUGAUCUCGGAUGGACUGUGUUCCAAAAAAUUGGAGAAGCUCAGGCUGAACAGAAACUACUGGAUUACCGACAUCUGUAAUGAGAUAGCAGCAGCAUUUAAAUCAAACGCCUCAAAUCUGCGAGAACUAGAAUUAAGUUACACCAAUUUUAGAGACUCGGAUAUGGAGAUUCUCUCAGUUGCAUUAAUGAACACAAGCUGCACUCUGGAGACACUAAGGCUUAGUCACAACAAACUAACUGUAAAAGGAUGUGAGACGCUAGCUUCAGCAAUCAGCUCUAGACCUUCAUCUUUAAAAGAGCUGGACCUGAGCUACAAUGACCUCCAUGAUGCUGGCAUAGAGAAGCUUUGCAAUGCACUCACGACUUCACAUUGUGUUUUAAAAGCACUAUGGUUGUCCUUCUGUAAAGUGACAGAAGAUGGAUGUUCUUAUUUGGCACAUGCUCUCAUGUCAGAACACUGCAGCCUUAAGGAACUGGACCUAAGCUUUAAUCACCUGACAGAUGAAGGAGCCAAAAUGUUAAAGAAAAAGCAGAUGGAUACACACUGCAGUCUUGAAAUUCUUAAUGUGGACAACAAUGAAGAAUGCUGGGUUGAUCUCAAACUACUGCAAAAGUAUGCCUGUGAUGUGACACUGGAUGAAAACACAGCAGGGAAUAGACUUACUUUGACCCGAGACCAUAAACACGUCACUUUUGACCAUGAGGGGAUAGAGUACCCCCCACAUCCAGACAGAUUUCGUACUCUACAAGUUCUCUGUAAAGAGGCUCUAACAGGUCGCCAUUACUGGGAAGUUGAGUGUAGCUAUAUAUCAGACAUUGGAGUGGGGGCAGCAUACAAAAGUAUCACCCGAGCUGGAGACAGUUCAUCAGAAUAUUCUUUGGGGGAGAAUGAAAAGUCUUGGUGUUUGACAUUAGAUGGUACUUUUCUUCACAAUGGUUCAACUGAAUCUAUUAUUGAAGCGAAAAUGAUUUUGUGGAGCAAUUCUUUUGGCACAACAAGCAUUGGAGUGUAUCUUGACUGGCCAGCAGGCAUAUUGUCCUUCUUUAAAGUAUCUCCAAAGAAGGUUACUCACCUAUACACUGUACGCACAACUUUUACUGAACCACUCUAUCCUGCCUUCACUCUGUUCUCAGGAUCAAUCUUUAUAAAACAUUUGCAAUAAGUACAAAGUCCUUAACAAAUUCAAGGAAGAUAAAAACAAACAAACAAACAAAAAAAAAAUUUAAUGAGACAUUGAAAUGAUUUCAAAACUUUCCAGUUAGAUUAUAUAGCAGGGAAUAGAUAUUAUUAUAUAAUAUAAUUUUUCUUCUUUUUUUGUUUUGUUUUAACGGCCACAAGUUGGACAUUUUUCCAUAUUUUUUCUAAGGUGUAGUUACAUUAGGUCUUGUGGAUCUCAGUGUUUACAGUUUUUUAUGUUACUCUGUAAAAAACAUUAGAUAUUUAUAUUACAAG